GGUUGAAUACAGUGACGUCAGCAGUGAGGAGUUGUCAUCUCCCCCAGAGGCGGGCGAGAUACCCGAGAGUGAGGCAGACGACGAUAGUGGAGAGGUUCACGAGGAGGAGGAGGAUAGCGAUAGUAUGGCUAGGAGGAGUAGGAGAGGGAGGAAGCGAGGAGACGAGAGGAAGUCUAGGAAUAGGUCGUCAGCUCGUUCGUUGUCGCGGUCACCAGUUGACAGCGGCAAGCACAGACACAGCAAGCAUCGCGACUACUCUUCUCCCCCUCCUCCUCUGCCUCCUCCUGAGGAGGAGAGCUACAAGGGCAGCAAGGAUGCGAGGAGAAGCAGUCGCCACAGCUCCUCCUCAUCAAACAAAAAGGAGAAGAAGGCGAAAAAGGCAGACAAACACACUCACCGUAGUCCGUCUCUGUCGUCGACGAGUCGACGCAAACGCAAAAAGAAAAAAUCGUCGCGUAGCGUGAGUCGUCAGCGACAGCAUAUGUCGCCUAUGGAGGUGUCGCCCGAGAUACCGAAGGCUGCGUUGGAUAAACUGUUGCGAUCCAGUGCGGAAAGGGUGGUUUUAAGAAACCCUUCGCCAGAGCCGGUGAUGGUACCGACAAAAAUCAAAAUGGCAGCCGUGAAAAACAAAAUGGCGGCCUUGAAAAUCAAAAUGGCCGCCGAAAGGAGGAAGAAAAUGAGGAUGUUGAUAGAGAAACUGCAGCUUAGCAAGACCCAUCAAUCGACCAACGACAAAUUGAAGAAUUUAAAGAUAAAUUUGUUGAGAAAGCGGUACAAUCAGAAGAUCAAGAUGGGCAGAAAGAAGAUGCGUCACGCCAGUCCCGAUCCGCCCAAGUACUCGGUUGGAGGAGGAGAGGAUGAUGAUGAUGAUGAAGAGCGAGAGAGAGAGGAGGUGAAGAACGGAGGAGGAGGAGGAAGGCCUAGGACACCAGACAGUGAUGGAGAGAUGCAGUCUAGUAGCGGCUCUCUCUCUCCACAUAAGAGAUCGAUGCUAGACUCGCCGCACACCCCGCCUCUACCCCCCAAGGCCUACGAGAACCUGAAGAAGAAGACAGAGAGGAGUGAAUCGCCUCCUCCUUCUCAGCACCAGCAUCACUCACCCAACCGCCGCUCGCUGGAGAGCCUGGAAGAGGGAGAGGAGAGGACCAUUACUGACAGAUCGAAGCAGCGGCAGCGAUCGCCGAGUGUGGAGGAGGUGAUGGUAGACGGCGACCUGCACUCCUCCUCACGGCACCAUCACCACUCCUCGGGUGGAGCAGGAGGAGGAGGCAGCUCCUCACGGCACUCGUCCAGUAAGCAUCAUGGCCAGGCAGGAGGAGGGACCGGGUCGCCCAAACGCAGGCGACGGAAAAAACAGUCUCCGCCUCGAGAUCUGGAUCAAGAGAUGUGGAGUAAGUCAAGAGGAGCAACCUCCUCCUCCUCCUCAAUCAGACACCACAGGACUCUGUCGCUGACUCCUCCUCCGGUGCAGACGUCUUCCUCCUCACAGCUGCACCACCACCAUCAUGUCGACGUGUUGAGAGGUGGCGGAGGAGGAGAGAGGGAGAGAGAGAGGAGGAGAAGGAGGAGGUCGCCCAGCUAUGUGGAGGAGGUGGAGAGGUUUGAUAGUCACAGAUUCUUGGUGAGCGACACACUCCGCGUUCGAAUCCCGGCCGGCCGCAGUCCGAGUCCCCAGCUGACGAGCAGUCACCGCAAGAGGAGGAAAGUGUCCAGGUCAAAGGAGGUGGUGGUCGGCAGAGGAGGAGGGGAGGUGGGAGGCGAGAGAGAGAGGAGACGAGACAACCAUAGGCGUGAGAAGCACAAGUCGAGGAGGAAGCGAGAGAGGAGAGGAUCUAGGUCGAGGUCCCCGCCUAAUAGGUUGCUGCGUCGUUCUCAUUCGCGGUCGCGCAGUCCGCGUCUGUGGCGAGGUGGGCGUCUGUCGCGGUCGCCGGUGGCUGCUCUCACGCGACGCGACUACAGUCGCUCGCCCGACAUGUAUGUCUCCUCCAAGCGGCUGGACAAGAAGAAGCGAUCCAGGUCCAGGUCACCAGCCUCCCUCCAGAAAGCGCGUGAAAUAUCAGCCAAAGCCAAGAUGAGUGAAACUAGUCUGUUUGCUGAACUAGUGAAGGACAGAAACAUGCGCAAAACACUGGAAGCAAAACGGUUGGCAGUACUGAUUGACAGGGAUGAUACAGAUGGCAAUACUGACAAGACUGCUCCAGUAUCAGCUGAUACAAGCCAAGAUGGUGGCAGUCAAAAAUUGGCUUCCGAAGACAUCAACAAUAUUCCAGUGCCUGAUAACAAUGGUGGCGGGUAUCUGUUGAGGCCCAUAGAUGGCGCCACAAGCGGACAGGAUAGGUUUGUGCCCGUCAUGGAGCCUCCUCCACCCUUACCCCCACUACCUCCCCUAUCACCAGGUGACUUUGAAAUGCCUGAUGCCAACCCAGAAAUGAUUAGUGAUAGGAACAUAAAUAGUAAUAAUGUAGCCAUUUACCCCAAUCGAACAGUUAAUGGCAGUAGUGUAAAUAGUGAAAGUGCUGUGAUAAAUAGUAGUGUGUCGAAUUCUGGUCCUCCGGGCCGGAUAGAGGAUAAUUCUGGUCCCCCGGGCCGUUUAGUGGACAAUUUUGGCACAAGACUUGGUGUGAAAGCGACUGCAUCAGUGGCAGCACUGCCUACAGUUGUGUCAAAACCGAAGAGUCUGGUGAAGUUGCCCAUGCCCCCUGGGAUCAACCAGAAUGACUUGGAGAGCAUCGAUUCGCCACCAAGUCGGUCGCCUAGUCCAAAUGUGCGGCGGAGGAAGGCGCCGGUCACUCCGCCUUUGCCUCAGCCACCUGCUGUCAAGAAGGGCAUCAAGGAUCUGCCUUUACCACCUGUUGUUCCCGGUGUGGAAGACCUUAGCGGUGACGACUCGGAUGGGUUCAGUGGAGGCACACCCCCCAGGUCGACGUCACACCUGACCGACGACAAGUCUUCGAAGCUGUUUGGCAGCAGCUCAUCACGACGCGGUCUGUUUGGCUCGCAGAGACCCAGGGAGUCCAAUGCCAAGCUGACAAGGCCCAAGAUACUGCACAGGCGGAAGGCGGCCAGGGGGUUGGCUAGUGCUCAACAGGUUGUGGGCUCUCAGCCGUUAGUAGGUGGAGGGGGCCCUGAGGAGGAGGACUGGGGUGAUCGGUGUGUGGAUGUGUUUGAGGUGUUGACACAAAUCGGAGAAGGUACCUAUGGACAGGUGUACAAAGCCAGGGAUAGGAGGACAAGCGAUCUGGUAGCGUUGAAAAAAGUCAGGAUGGAGAAUGAGAAGGAUGGCUUCCCAAUCACGGCAGUGAGAGAGAUCAAAAUUCUGAGGCAACUCAAUCACAAGAACAUUGUCAACAUGCGAGAAAUUGUUACCGACAAACAGGAUGCGCUCGACUUUAGAAAGGACAAAGGCUCGUUCUACCUAGUGUUUGAGUACAUGGACCACGAUUUGAUGGGUCUGCUGGAGUCUGGCAUGGUGGAAUUCAACGAGGCCCAUAAUGCCAGCAUCAUGCGCCAGAUACUGGAGGGACUCAACUACUGUCACCGCAAGAACUUCCUGCAUCGAGAUAUCAAAUGCAGCAACAUUCUCAUGAAUAACAGGGGCGAAGUGAAGCUGGCAGACUUUGGUCUAGCACGGUUGUACAACGCUGAAGACAGAGAGCGAAUGUACACGAAUCGAGUGAUCACUCUGUGGUAUCGACCGCCUGAACUGCUGCUGGGUGAGGCGCGCUAUGGCCCCGCCAUCGAUGUCUGGUCCUGUGGAUGCAUCCUGGGCGAACUCUUUCUCAAGAAACCACUCUUCCAGGCGAACGUGGAAAUGAUGCUGCUAGAGAUAAUCUCGCGUGUUUGUGGCACUCCCACCCCGGCAGUGUGGCCGAAAGUUGUCGACCUCCCACUCUGGCACACUCUGCGACCGAAGAAGACCCACCGGCGACGGCUGAGGGAGGACUUUGCGUUCAUGCCGCAGUCACCCUUGGACCUCUUGGAUCGGAUGCUAGAGUUGGACCCCGAGAAGAGGAUCACGGCUGAAGAGGCGCUCAAGUCACAGUGGUUGUUGAAUGUCAACCCUGAAAGAAUGCCAGCCCCAAAACUGCCGCACUGGCAAGACUGCCACGAGUUCUGGUUCAAGGAGCGGCGCAAGCAGAUGAAACAGAAGCAGCAGGGCGGUCAGGGGGGUGACUCCUCCAACACCAGCAAGGGGGGGUCUCAAAAGGGUGACGCCAAAUCUGGCAACGCCGCAAACUACGACGAUGCCCUAGAAAUUGCUGGCGGAUCAGAAUCAAGAAGUCCAUCAACCACACGUCAUUACCAAGAGAGUUCAUCAAAAGCGUUAAAAAUGGGCGCAGGCUUCAGUCGUGAGUCGUACCACCAGCACAGCAGCCAAUCGCAGCAGGGCCCGCCUCCCGGCUCGCUAUUGGCCGACGCCACGCCUCCAGGGGGCGGAGCUUACGACUCGACCACGCCUCCUCAGCCAAUGAGAGGUGCGCCUGCUUCUAGGAUGAGUGGAGUCAGACCGAUGUCCAUUUCUACGUGCAGUAAUCAUUCCGAAGGUCAGUCAAGGUCACGCACCCCGCCAGGAGGAGGGAUGGAUGGUGGAGGAGGAGGAGGUGACUCGAUACAACGGCAGAUGUAUCACCUGUCGCAGGCUCUCCUCAACCAGCAGCCAAUCAACGUGCACCAGUUGAUGAGUUUGCACAACGAGAAAGAGUUGGACCCGCAAACGUUUCAGUUGAUCGAAAUGCUGAAAUCUGAGCUGAGACAAGCCAACGCCCAGAACAAUCACAAGUCUCACAAAUUGGAUCCUAAACAGCACGUGUUUAAUCCACUCGGUAUGGACGGCAGCGGUCAGACGUCGUUCAACGCACACGCCGUGUACGCGGGCGAUAACGCGGUCAGCGGUCAGCGGUCCUCACAUCUGGCCACUGACGGGGUUCGGAGUACACUCUCCUCACUGCUGGCUCGAUUCAAUAUGAAUGCUGCCGCCGACUUCUUGCAUCCAGGUUCAUUCAGGUACUAGGAAAUAGCUGCCAGUCAUGAUCAAGACUGAACUGAACCACGACUCUAGUGAACUACCAUAACUCAUCAUUCGGAAGUGAACUAAAGUGAUGGGUGAACUUGGUAGACAUAGUUUAGCGAGAUUCUCUCCAAACUGCCAGAAUUAGUUUAAUGAGAAACGUUGACGUUUUUAGUGAAUCUAACUGAAGUGAACUACUCGUCAUUCGAGAGCGAACUAAGUGUGAGUGAACUAGUUCUUUUUUUGUACAGCGCCUUAAGGGAAUAAGUUAAUGCAGACAGAAAUUAUUGGUUCAAACCUAAUUGAAUCAAUGAUUGUUGCUAUUUUUCCAGUCAAGUACAAUUAUUAUUUUAUUGUGUAUAGUUUUGGACGGUAUUCGAUACAUUAAUAAUUCGAUAGUCGAUAAUAAAUUAUUAAUUCGAUAGUUUGUGUUGUAACGGUACCCAAACAAUGAUAUUGAUGUAUAUAUUUGAACUGUUUUCAAUUUUGUCCCGAAACGUGACCUUUGAUAGUCGACAAUUCGAUAUUUUAUACACGAUGUAAUUGAUAUUUGACUAUUUAUAAGUCGAUAUUUUAUCACCACUUGAUAUUAGAAUAUCGCCUAAAAAUAGACAAAGUAUCGACGAUUCGAUACUUGAACUUCGAUACACAUUCGAUAUCGGAACAAACUCGAUAAUCGUAAGCUUUCAAGAGUGGCAAUUAUUUCUUCCAUGUUUUUAUUUACUUUGUGGCUGUUGAUAAUGAUUUUAUCAUCAUUGUGUAAAAUAUUGAAAAGAGGCUAGACUUGCAAUGUUUUUCGUAUUUAUUAAUAAAUAUCUUGUGUAAAUAACAGUUCCCUCUUUAUAAACCAAUAAACGAAUUUAUUUUAA